AUGACUAUUAACAUUGUCCGUUUCGCUCAACUGUGUGUAGCUGGACUGCUGCGGUGUGUGAAGGAGCGACGAAACAAGUGCCAGGUUAAGUGCGUUAACGCAAGGGUUGAGAUGUUCGCGCCGCAUGCGGAUACGUCGUUCCAGCAGUCGCUGCUGUGCCUUUCUCGCGAGAAGCAUGAAGAGGAAGUCCGCCGUCGUGCACAACGGAUUUUGGAGGAAAAACGUACUAUAGCGGAGAAAAAGCAACUUGAGAGGGAACGGGCGGCAAAAGAGGCGAAGCUCGUCGCCAUGCAGAGACGAAUUACAGGCAUUCAACAAGCGAACCGGGCAACGGAGUACAGAAUGCAGCAAGCCAAAAUGCUUCAAGAGGAGAGACUCCAAGCGAGUGAGGAUAGGCUGAAGGCCGAACUGCUUAAAAUAGACGAGGCCUCCGAUCGGCGUGGAAUUAUAUUGGAGUCCUGUCGGUUUCGCACGGCGCAGCAUCUGUUUUUGAAUUCUCAACGAGCCCAAUUCAAUCGUUCUGCCAUUGAUACUGAGGUGCAGGCGAGACUGCGUCGACAGAAGGAGCGUGAAAAUGCCCGCCAAAAGGCCGUCUUGGAGGAGAAGCUUACGAGAGAGAUCGAGUUGCAGCGGCGUGGACUUCUUCACGAUCAGCGUAGACUGAGUUCCGUCGAGUAUCGAAUACAACAGGAACUCGUUAACCGCGAAAAGUGGCUUCAACAAGAGCGCGCACAUGAGGAACGUCUCUGGCAGCUCAAGCUACAAAGAGGAACAGAUGGGUUUGGAAAAACCUGGCAUCCUGCACAAAGAGGGCGUGGCGAUUCCAGCGCGUUGAUUCGGCGCGAAUGGAAUGCGUCAGAUAAUGGAGGCGAGGACAACGCGAUAAACACGUACCAGCGUCCGGUGACUUCGUAG